GGAGGCGCUGUAGUUCACCGGAAGUAGGAAGUGAAAAUUUUCGAAAUCAAGUUCUGCACAAUUUUUGGAGAAUAUCGUUUAAAUCUACUCCUUUGUACACAUAUAGAGCAACAUCAUGAGUUCCGAGCCACAGACAAGCAGUACGGCAACCAGAGGGCCAGCAUACAAAGCUCCAAUCAUCCCAAAUACACCCUCUAGUACCAUCAACUCUAUGCUGAGAACCAGAUGUGAAAAAGGCUUUAAUAAUCCCAUAAAAGCAGGAAUCGCUUUUAUGAUAUGUUUCAUGUUCACAGCAAUUAAUAAAGUUUACGAUACCUUCCGUAAAGAUCAGCCUCACUCUCACACUGUUUGGAUGAUGUCAUCAAGCGCAAUUACCCUCGGUGUGAUCCUCGGCACGGUGGUUGCAUACCAUGCAGCCCUUGCAAUGGCAGUUGUGGUUCAUUCGUUGUUGUACAUAGGAGCAUGGGUUGUUGGACUGUUUGCUUUAGCAUUGGGCAUAGCAGGAAUGGUAUUUUUCGACAAAGAUGGAAAAAGGAGUGAAUAAUGGACAGUUUGGCAAUGGAAAUAUAACAGUUUAAUGCAAUAUUGGACUGAAUUACACCCUCAACAUAUCUCAUAUUUCACUGGGUGGCACCCGGACUGCAUAUCAGAAUAACCACAUGAUGAUUAAUCCAGAAAAUGACACAGUUAGGACCACUCUGAAAUAUAGCAUGUGAUAACAUUAAAAUACUGAAAAAUAUAUUAUCCUUGGCCUAAUUGGAAACUGAGAGACCUUGCUGUUAGUGUGGAAGUUAAACAUUCAGGUUCAGGCCACCUAUCCAUGACCUUUCACAAGACAAGGUCUGUUAUACUCUUAUGCAUUAUAACAUUUGCAAAGUAAAGUCAACCUCCAAGUGCAGCGCUGCUGACAUCAUCCACUCAGAUCCAUCCUUCUUGUAUUGGAUGAUGUCUUCAUCCCUUGGUUUGGAGGAUGAGGUAAAAUAAUUGAUGAAAAGUUCUGAGACACCAAUUGACUGGAAACAGGAUAUAUCAAUCUUUUUUCUAAACGUCAUUUACAUUGUGUACAUUCAAUCACUGAGGUUUCAUGGUG